UCUCUCUCUCUCUCUCUCUCUCUCUCUCUCUCUCUCAUCAAUGUUCCUUUGAGACCAGUGCUCUUCCUUUUCUUCUCCAAAUAAACCACAUAUCCUCCCCUCCAUAUCUUAACAAUUUCUCAUAGAACCCUAAAACUGAGAAAAGAGAGCUAGAGAGAGAAAGAUGGGAAGGGGGAAGAUAGAGAUAAAGAGGAUAGAGAACGUAAACAACAGAGUGGUGACGUUCUCAAAGAGGAGGAAUGGGUUGGUUAAGAAGGCGAAAGAGAUCACAGUUCUCUGUGAUGCAAAAGUUGCUCUCAUAGUCUUUGCAAGUAAUGGUAAGAUGACUGAUUAUUGUUGUCCUUCCAUGGAUCUUGGUGCUAUGUUGGACCAAUACCAGAAGCUAUCUGGCAAGAAACUAUGGGAUGCUAAGCAUGAGAACCUCAACAAUGAGAUUGAUAUGAUCAAAAAGGAGAAUGAUAGCUUACAACUGGAGCUCAGGCAUUUGAAAGGGGAAGAUAUACAGUCUCUCAACUUAAAAAACUUGAUGGCCGUAGAGCACGGCGUUGAACAUGGCCUCGACAAAGUCCGAGACCACCAGAUGGAGUUCCUUAUGACAAAGAGGAGAAACGAGAAAAUGAUGGUGGAGGAGAAUCGGCAGCUCAGUUUCCAGCUGCAACAGCAGGAGAUGGCGAUAGCUAGCAACGCAAGAGGAAUGAUGAUGAAAGAUCAUGAUGCGCAAUUCGGGUAUAGAGUUCAACCCAUUCAGCCAAAUCUUCAGGAAAAGAUUAUGUCAUUGGUCAUCGAUUGAUCAUAUUUGAGAUUAGCAAUCUCAUGGCCAAUCUCUAUGUCGUGUGGUUCUUUAAUUUGUCUUUAUAAUUGUGUGUCCUUCCAAUCUCGAGCCACAUAUAAACUCUCUAUCCUGCUUUCUUAUGAACUCUCUAUGUAUUGGUUGUGAUUGAUGCGUGUUGCUUUCACUUGA